AACAACGCCGACCUAUGACAAUCUAACCACUCAUAACCACAAACGCCAACUCAGUACCGUAGCAAAGUGAGACAGGCGAGAACAGCUGAUUGGAGGACAGGCAUUGAGAGGAGGAGGUCAGGAGCCAUGUCCUCAGAUGCUCCUUGUAAAUGUCCCUUAUGAAGUUGCCGGUGUGUGUGAAGGGUGGCCACCAUGGUAGCUGGCACAGAGGGGCUGAGCAGUGGGCUGUGUGUGGUGUGUGCCAAGGUGGUGAGCAGCUCCCUGGUCAGCGUGCAUGCCAGCCUCAUCACACAGAAUGGCAGCAUCCACCGCCAGAUGGGGCAAGUGGUGGGGAUGGACCAGCUGGAAGAGGCAUGUCAAGCUACAGAGUUUGUUUGUUCCAUCUGCCUCAGGCUCCUGCUCAAUAUUGUAAACCUUGAGUCUAAGGUGGUUCUGCUAAAGAAUGAGUUCCAGGCCACAUUCCUGCAGGGAGCUGAGUCAAGGAGGAAAGCUGUUGUAGGUGGAAAAGUUUACCUUCCUGGCAAGAGUUCAGUAAUUGACCAAAAAAGUGAUGAUGGAAACCCACCACAGAUCCCACAGGGAACACAGAAUGACUUGUGGAACAGAACUCACCUUGACCACUGUGUGAAGCCUGAGAAAGUUGAGAGGUUUUUUAGCAACAUUCCAUUAGACUCUGAAAGCAAUGCAGAAACACCCCACACCAGCGAACCGCCAGUAGAUGAUAGAGCACAAGAUGCCAAGUCUUCAGUCAGACAUGAAUCAGCUGUAUCAGAGAGCUCUGGUAUCAGCAGCAAGGAAUCUUCUGAGGAGCUGGAGACACAGCUUGCCUUAGACACCAGUGCUGCUGAACUAAGUGACCUCCUACCUCACCACUGCCUUCUGGGAGAUGAUGCAACUUCAAGUUGUUCACAAGGUGAAGAGGAAACCUUGAGGGAGGCAGACAAGAGACCCAGCAGUAACCCCUCCAUGCAGGACUACCCACUCAGUCCUUCCAGCAGUAUGAGCACCUUGGAUGCUGCAAAACCUGUGGAAUGUGGCAAUGACGGGGAGAAGACAUGCAUCACAGGCAGCCCAGAGGAGAAGCAGGACAGUGAAUGUCUGCCAGAUUCUGAUGGCAGUGUUCCCUUUGAGGGGAGCAGUGAACAGACACCUAAGAGGAGGCUCAGGAAAUCCAGAGAGAAAGAUCAGGAGACAUGGCAGCCAGGAGCCAGCACACCCAAGAGGGCAAGGAGGAAGCUGAAUGCCACCUUGGAGAUGAAGGAAGUUAAAGCAGAGACAGAAGAUGAGUGGACAUCCAAGGAGUCUGGAGCAACACAGCUUGAGGAGUUGCUGGAGAGCUGUGAGCUGUGUGAAGGCCAGUUCAGCGAUGCCAAACAGCUAGGGCGGCACCGCAGAGAGGCACACUCAGCUGUUUACUGCCAUGUGUGUGAGUGGUGCCCCAACACAUGCUACAGAGAGAAGUCCAAGCUCACUCAACACCUGCGGCGGCUCCACAACAUCACCGCCCACAAGUGCCCCGGCUGUGUGCACCAGGCAGUGAGCCAGAAUGCCCUGGACCAGCACAUCAUCAGGCAACACCCAGAGUCUCGCUUCUUUGAGUGCCACAUCUGCCACAAGGCUUUCAGGACCCACCGCUACCUCCACUUUGUGCACAUCAAGAGGUGCCACUUGGGGCUUCCAAUCAAGUUUUCCUGUGAAAAGUGCAACAAAGGCUUUGUUGAUAAAUCUUCUUUUGAGAACCACAAAGUCACUCAUUCAGAUGCCAGAAAUUUCACCUGUGAGUUCUGUGGGGCAAGGUUCCUCACUCCCUAUGCCCUCAAGGUACACGUCAACACACACACUAGAGAGAAAAAGUAUGAGUGUGAAGACUGUGGGUCAGCCUUCCUGCGCAUGUGUAACUUGUGUGCCCACAAGAAGCGCUUCCACAGCACCAAUGAUGUCAAGUUGGUGUGUGAGAUUUGUGGUAAGUCCAUGGCAACCAGAAAGGAUCUGAGAAGACACCAGGUGGCACAGCACUCCAAAGAGAAGCCCUUCAGGUGCCCCCAGUGUGCCCGAUGCUAUGCUGCCAAGGAGAGCCUCAAGAGCCACCUCAGGACACACACUGGUGAAAAGCCGUAUGUAUGUGCCUGUGGUAAGGCCUUCUAUAAGAGCAAUGUGCUGCGGCGCCACCAGCGCUGUGUCCACGAAGGAGAGGAUCUGCAGCAGGAAACAGCAGCAGAAGUGGAUUCAGUUCAAGUUGGGGGUGAUGGGGAGCUUGAGCGGGAGGAACACAUGGUGGUGAUCACCUUGAAGGAGUGCAAUCCCCCUGCAGUGUACACAGUGCAGAGCAGCACUCCACAUCUCCAGGAGAUCAUGGUGUCCAGUGAAGGACAAACUCAAGACCCUGGUGAUGCUUCCCUGCUGGCUGAGGGAGCAGAGGGAUUGCCACUGUUGCACUCCUCCCUUGGGGCACUAGGCCGGGGCCGCCUUGCCCUCUCCACCCCAGUAUUGCUCACCUCCCUCACUGAUGGCUCCAUCACCGUCCCAGACACCACUUUUGCUACACAGGUCACCACUGUGGAUGCCAGCCUGCCACCACACCCAGCCACUACCUUCCAACCCACCCCAGACUCCCCUGGUCCCACCAACUCCAUUGUUUCCACUAAGAAUCCCCAGGACCCCCAAGACCCACUGGCUGGCCUUGGCCCAGCCUCCUGCAGUGACCUGCUGCACCUGCCCAGCCUGCAUGCUGCUGCUGCCACUCCAGUUUCCCUGGUGGCACCCUGGCCCUCCUCAGCCCUCUGAGCUCCCCUACCCCUGGCUGGCUGGUGCUUCACACCACCACAAGUGUUAUAUCACUUGGUCUUGUAAUUGGCAUAAACUGUUUUUGAGGAAUUUUAUUUUUUCAAAUUAUACAGUACUUAAAAAAUUUGAUGACAUUCAGGCAUGAUGACUAUAUUUGUGAAUUAAACUACAUAUACAUAAUCACAGUUAUAUUUACAAAUUAAAUUACACUUAAUCACAAACUAUAACCACAUUUAUAUUUAUAAAUUAAACUCUACACAAUCACAACAAGCAUGCACUUCAAUAUACCCUCUCACACACACUCAAGACAGAAUAGAUCACCCUCACUAGGGACUGAGUCACAUUUAGUUAGACUUCCAAGACAGAGCCAAUAUUUUAAUGAAAAUUGAAAUAGACUUAUUAUGGUUGAGUACAAAUUACCUGUAGUUUUAGUUUUCCAUUAUGUUAAUCCCUGAGACAUGUUGGCCUCAUGUGUCUCUGCCUUUCAUAAUCAUCAGGUGUCUUAAACAUAGAGUACCAGCAUAUAUAUAAACAUACACAUGUAUGUAUAGUCAUGUCCCAAGAUGGCUAAAAGAAUCAUCAGUUUUUACAUGAUAUGAACCAUUCUCAUAUUUCUCAAAACUUACAUUAAAACUGGUUACUGAGACUACUGUCCAUCAAGGGAAGAUGUAUUUAUCUCAGCCAGAGGGAUGUAGCCCUAAAGAACCCUAAUUUUGGACCUGUGUUUGAAACACUAUUUUCUCUUUAGCACUAUUUUCAAAGGCCACAGAAAUUAUUUGUCAGCUUCUCAUGGGUGUUUUUCUUGUUGGAAAGUCCUUCUAGAGAUACUAGAAUCUCAAAAACACCUUUGAAAACCACACUUGUUUUAAAGGCAAGAUAAAGAUAAGACACUGAAGUCUCUGAAAAUAGUCUCUCACUCUCAAACACCCUUUGACUAUGUGCUAAUGAGAGCAUAGAACACUUACAUUUGGUAAAGAAACUAGAAGUGACUGAAGUGCAAAGUUAAUACACUAGAGAAUUAUAGUUAGUCAGUAUAAUGGUGUGGUGGAGUGACAGUGCAAAGUGUUUUGUGACAAGCUGUAGGAAGACUGUCCAGCCUUACCCUGACACACCUCAUGCUGCCAUCGUACACUGCCAGAGGCUCAAAUCCUCAGUCCAUUUUUGGUGUUGGAACAGUUUUAAGUGUCUCGCUGUGAAUGAGCUAAUAGGUCACCCUACCUCCCCAAUAAGUAAAGAAAACCUUUCAGUUACCGUAGAAAUAUUUGCAGUGAUAUUCCUUCUGACUAUUAAUAAUGUGUGUCUGGGAUCUACACUGUUCUGAAUAUCUGCGAUAAUGUUUAGGAUGUGAUAAAGCAGAAAAUAUCCAAGUUUGAAUCACUGAGUUCAGGUUGUAAGCUGCUGUUUUGAAGCCUUCAAGUUAUAGAAAAGGGUAUAUGACUUUAUAAUAUAAGGUUAUCAGGUACUUUGAAAGGAAAGAAAAUCUUAACAGAUUCACUGUAUCAGUGUGAAUAUGAAUAUCGGUAUUUCAUGUGUUUUUCUAUAUUAAUAUGUAAUACUUGAGUCACAGGGUUGGGACAUGACUUCAGAUGCAUGGUGUAAGGGUAUAUGUGUGUGUUCACUCCAACAGAUCUGGCUCUAGUUAUCCAGUGUACAUAUUACUGUAUACUACUUAGUUCUCUGAUAGCCCACACCCACCAAUGCAGAUAUCUCUCACUUAGCAAAAUUUUAUGCAUUAAGAAAAUUAUUGAAGAUAUGUAUACACAACACUUUUCAUUCCUGUUGAGCCGUGUGUUGCUGCCAGUGUUGGUGUUGGUGUGUAGCGGGAGAAGUGUUGAUACAAGUGGCUUAUUUAUCUCAGAUUGAAUGUCCGUCCUCUAGUCUGCCCGUCCACCUGUCUUGGGGAGGGAGCACCACCUGGCCGCCCCGCACCCCCAGCACCGCCACCUUUAUGUCUGCACAGACUAUGCAAUAAAACAAGGUAUAUCUUACACAA